UCUUAUUUUUAUAUCAAUAAUUUCGUAUAACGUUGUCACGUUAUCUCUCUGACUUUCCUCCUCUCUUUUCUUCCUUCCUAAUACUUAUCUCCAAAACGAAAUACAAGCGCAUGCCCACACAGUAACCAUGGCAUUGUCAAACAGCGGGCUUAAUUCAUUUAUUCGCAUAGAGGGGUCGCCCAGCCUUGCAAACCCCCCCGCCACGGUGCGGAGAGAUAAGCAAGGCAUUCCAAUUCCCCCCUCAGAAUUCGAACUUACUGACAUACGCCCAUCCCCCUCUGCGCCUUUACCCUCCGCCCGCGAUGUCCCCCCUAAUGAUGUCGAGCGGAGCACCCCGCCGACGCCCACCACCCCUACUGGCGUCGACCUCCUCCACACCUUCACCAACCCUCCCAUGAACAAAUACCGCAUGGCAAGCUCAGCUUUCAUGAACUUCGCCAACGGCGUUAAUGACAGUGCUCCCGGUGCCCUCAUCCCCUACCUCGAGAAGGCCUACUCCGUCAACUACGGCGUUGUCUCCCUCAUCUUCAUCUCCAACGCCCUCGGCUUCAUCGUUGCCGCGCCCCUCACCCAAGCCAUCGAGACUCGCCUCGGCCGCGCGCGCACCCACCAGGUCUCUCUCUCCACCCUGGCCGUCGCCUACGUGGCCCUCCUCUGCGCGCCCCCCUUUCCGGUCAUUGUAAUCUCCUUUUUCUUCCUUGGCUUCGGCAUGGCCAUUAGCCUCUCCCUAAACAACGUCUUCUGCGUCGGUCUCGCAAACGCUACUGCGGCCCUCGGUUUCCUACAUGGCGCCUACGGCGUAGGCGGUACGAUCGGACCUCUCAUCGCCACAGCCCUCGCCUCCAAUGGCGUGAAGUGGAGUUACUUCUACAGCAUUCCUCUCUUCUUCGCCCUCUCAAACAUCACCGCUGCAACUUUUGCCUACCACAACUACGAAGCCGACGCCCCCGCAGCACAACUAAUGACAGCGCUCGAGCAGACCGCCUCGAGACAGCAAACCAACACACCAACGCGCAUUCAGACUCUCAAGCUUGCCGCAUGCAACAAAACUACCAUCCUCGGUUCCCUCUUCAUCUUCGCCUACCAAGGCGCUGAAGUCAGUAUUGCUUCUUGGCUCGUGUCCUUCCUCAUCAGUUACCGCCAUGGCGAGGCCGGUCAAGUCGGGUACGUCAGCUCUGGUUUCUGGUUGGGUAUUACGCUAGGCCGGAUUUUCCUCUCGCCACAGGCCGCGCGACUGGGCGAGAAGACGUCCGUCGUGCUGCUAGUCGCAUGCUCGCUGGUGCUGCAAGUGGUGUUCUGGUCCGUGCCAAACAUCAUCGGAAACGCGGUUGCGAUUUCGAUUGUUGGUUUAUUGCUAGGGCCGGUGUAUCCAUGUGCUGCGGCCGUGUUUAGCAAGUUGCUGCCGCGCGACUUGCAGGUGUCGAGCUUCAGUCUGAUUUCGGCGAUGGGGAGCAGUGGAGGUGCGUUUGCGCCGUUUAUUACGGGGUUGUUGGCACAGAAGCUGGGGACGGUGGUGUUGAAUCCUGUGGCGAUUAUUUUGUAUUGCUCGAUGGUGGUGGCGUGGCUUUGUCUGCCAAGGAUUGUGAAGAGGACUGAGUAAAUUCGAGUUGGAUUUUUUUUAUAACGGCGGCUGUGACGGGACGUUGUCCCGUCAGGGAACAGGACGGUAUAAUGGUCUCCUUAAGAUGGACACGGAUGGUGGGUAUAUUUAUUUCACCAACUGACGAUAAUUACGGCCAUGACGAUAUAUUUUCUAAAAAAAUAACGAUGAUAUUUAUAAAAGAUUGGGAUAAAAAUUCGAAGGGAAUUGAAAUGUUAUAAUGUGGUUUAUCAGCACCUCGUGAAUAUCAGCACCUCGUUAAUUUUUUUAGAGUUUACCACUUUAUAAUGCAAUUAACCAC